AUAUAUGUCAAUUGUCAUCAUCUGUCAACGAUAAAAUUUGGCGCGCCUCCGAAAAACCGGCAGCAGAACGUUAGAUGAAAUAGUUUUGGAGCUUCGUAAUUCACAUAUUUAUUUGUAUUAUUUGUCAUACACAUAUUUGAUUGCCAAAAGAAAAUAUAUUUGGUGAAUUGUGAACGGUAAUUGAUCUCAAAAUGGGUCAUCAAUUGUCUGAGGGCUCUUUGGAGGUGAUUAUGAAUGGAGGAGUUUAUGAUAAACCAAUAAUGCAAGUACUAGGCAGUAAGAAGAUACAAGGAAGUGGAGCCAAUGAAAGGUUCCGUCUACUUGUGUCUGAUGGCAAACACUCACACAGCUUUGCCAUGUUGGCCACACAACUAAAUGACAAGCUGAUAUCAGGAGAACUGUCUGACUACUCUGUUGUUCAGAUUGACCGAUUUGUCACUUCAUUAUUGAAAAAUACUGGCAAGGGAGAGAAGCGAGUUAUGAUAAUUCUAGACAUCACAAUUGUAGCUCCUGGCAAUGAAGUUGGAAAAAAGAUUGGCAACCCUCAGACUUGGACUGAGGAGUCAGCAGGAGCGGCACCAGCGCAGGCCGCACCGGCGCCGGCGCAACGCCCCGCUCCAUCUCCCGCCGCCAAACCAAUGAUUACUCCAACACCAAAUCUUGACUCCAGUCUGCUGUCCUCACAGAUGACUCACCCCAUUGCCAGUCUGAGCCCCUACCAAAACAAAUGGGUAAUCAAGGCUCGUGUGAUGUCAAAAUCUGAUAUCCGCACUUGGAACAAUGCCCGAGGAGAAGGCAAACUCUUCAGUAUGGACUUGUGUGAUGAUAGCGGAGAAAUCAGGGCUACCGCCUUCAAAAAUGAAUGUGAUAAAUUCUAUGAUAUAAUACAGGUGGACAAAGUAUAUUACAUAAGUCGGUGUCAACUAAAAACGGCCAACAAACAAUACACAAGCAUAAAGAACGACUAUGAGAUGACGUUCACAGCUAACACCGUGGUUGCUGAGUGCAUGGAAGACUCAUCCUCCGUACCCAGUAUCAAGUUCGAGUUUGUCCCCAUCAAUGAUAUUGCUACGAAAAAUGUCGACACUUUGCUAGAUGUGAUUGGUGUAUGCAAGGCAGCAGCUGAUCUUCAAGAGCUGACAGCUAGAAGUACUGGCAAGUUACUGAAAAAACGAGAACUGACCCUGGUCGACAAUUCUGGUGGUGCAGUUGUUUUGACACUAUGGGGAAAAGAAGCCGAAAGUUUUGAGGGCAACUCAAACCCAGUUAUAGCAGUAAAAGGCGCGCGUUUAUCUGAGUUCAACGGCAGCAAGUCUCUGUCCUGUCUAGCGAGUUCCAUGAUCAGACAGAACCCUGAUCUUCCAGAGGCCCACAAGUUAAGAGGCUGGUACGACAACGGUGGCGCCGACAUGGAGAUUGUCAAUAUCUCUGCAAGAGCUGGAGGUUACACGGGUGGCAGUAGCGAAUGGAUCACAUUCUCAGACGCCGAGGCUCGUCAACUCGGCUCUGGCGACAAAGGCGACUACUUCAGUCUCCUCGGAGUACUCACAUUCACCUUCGCUGACAACGCAGUGUACAAAGCGUGUCCCCAAGAACAAUGUAACAAGAAACUCGUCGAUCAAGAAAAUGGACUUUACAGAUGUGAAAAAUGCAACAGAGAAUACCCUAAUUAUAAAUACAGGCUCCUCUUGGCGGCUAACGUAUCAGAUGCAACUGGCGAUCAACGUAUUACUGCCUUCAACGAGGCAGCGGAAGCAAUGCUCGGCAGAAACGUUGCGGAAAUCGGUCGCUUGUUCGAAUACGACAAGACUGGCUACACACAAAUGUUCGAAGAAGUCAAAUUCAAGACUUUCGUGUUCAAGUUCCGUACCAAAAUGGAGACAUAUAAUGAUGAAGCUCGCCUCAAAACGACAGUCAUGAAUGUACAACCUGUAGAUUACAAGGACGCCAACAAGAGAUUAAUUGCAAGCAUAAAGACACUCUCUGGAGUCGAAGUUUAGGAUUUACAUUAAUUUUAUGUGUGUUAAUUAAGAAAUGUCAAACUCAUAAUCCACCUGAAAGUGAUUAAUUUAAUUGAUCAUGUAAUGUAAUAAUAAUACCUAUGUUAUGAAUAUUGUCUAUGUAAAAUUGGCCUAGUGUUAUUCCUCAGCUAUUAUGUGAAAUAAAUAUUAAGUUUUUUAAAAAA